GGAGGAAUCCUACAGUGGCAGGGUGCUUGGGCUGUCUCUUUCUUUGUCCAGAGCCUUAUGUAAGAGCUUUUCUUGGGAAACAGGAAGUCCUGCCUGCCAAGUUCAGCACACAGGGAGUAGUGCAGGCCUUAUUCCAACACACCCGGCCUGGCCUUAACCCCAGAACUCAGCCAGUUUCUUGCUUCCGCGACCCUGGUUCUCCUCCCCACUGACGCCCUCCCCUUCUUUCCCACCUUUGGUCUCUCUCAGCAAACUGCCCCAGAGAUCUCGCCUGUGCCCGGGCCAGAGGGUCUUCCACUCUCACCCCUUGACCCUCAAUGCUGCCCAGCUCGUCCCUCCAUCCCGGCUCCUGGCACCAUGCCCCAUAGCCAGCCAACCUUCCCUCCCCCACUUCUGGGGCCGCCCUGGGGUUCCUGCGCUCUGGCCGCUCCUCCUGGGUGUCACUGGCAGCCCUGUCCUUCUUAGAGAGACUGACACCAAAUUCUCCUGAGGCUGGAGGAGGGUGAGGGGUCUCAGGACAACACUGGCCCCGCAGCGGGGUGCCAGGAGCACCAACAGUGCCCCAGCUUGCUUUCUGCCUCCCUCCUUUUUAUUCUCAAGUUCCUUUUUAUUUCUCCCUUGCGUAACGCCCUUCUUCCCUUCUGCACCACUGCCUGCACGCCGACCCUCCCCGUCACCUCCUUGCUACCCCACUCCUGAGGCUACAGCUGUUGGCAGGGUCCCCAGCUCAUGCCGACCUCAUCUCCUUCUUUACUAGCCCCCAAAGGGUCCCCGGGAGACAUGGGGGGCCCAGUCCGAGAGCCGGCACUCUCAGUUGCCCUCUGGUUGAGUUGGGGGGCGGCUCUGGGGGCUGUGGCUUGUGCCAUGGUUCUGCUGACCCAACAAACAGAGCUGCAGACCUUAAGGAGAGAGGUGAGCCGGCUGCAGAGGACUGGAGGGCCCUCCGAGAAGGGGGAAGGGUAUCUGUGGCUGAGCCCCCGGGAGCAGAGCUCUGAUGGCGUGGAAGCCCGGGAGAAUGGGGAGAGAUCCCGGAGAAGGAGAGCAGUAAAACAGAAGAAGAAGCGCUCAGUCCUGCAUCUUGUUCCCGUUAACAUCACCUCCAAGGAGGACUCUGAUGUGACAGAGGUGAUGUGGCAACCAGCUCUCUGGCGUGGGAGAGGCCUGGAGGCCCAAGGAUAUGUCAUUCGAGUCUGGGAUGCUGGAAUUUAUCUGCUGUACAGCCAGGUCUUGUUUCACGAUGUGACUUUCACCAUGGGUCAGGUGGUAUCCCGGGAGGGCCAGGGAAGGCAGGAGACUCUAUUCCGAUGUAUACGAAGCAUGCCCUCCAACCCCGACUGGGCCUACAAUAGCUGUUACAGCGCAGGUGUCUUCCAUUUACACCAGGGGGAUACCCUGAGUGUCAUAAUCCCCCGGGCAAGGGCGAAACUUAGCCUCUCUCCACAUGGAACCUUCCUGGGGCUUGUGAAACUGUGAUUGUGUUGUAAAAGGUGGUUCUGAGCUUGGAAGACCAGGGUGGGUUCAUUUUGGAGACAGCCAAGAGCUGACUAGACAAAGGACAGGGAACAGUCAGGAACAGAGGCCUCUUCUGGGUUUG